CUUACAGGUGGCGGCGCGCGCCGCUCCGUCUUCCAGGUAGGUGUGUCUCGGUGUCCGUCAUGAGCUCGUUCGGGGGGCGAAUGAAGGAGUACCCCACCAUAUCUGUGGACCGCUUCGACCGGGACAACCUGCACGCCAAAGCCUACUUUCUGUCCCAUUGUCAUAAAGAUCAUAUGAAGGGUCUCAAGGGACCUCUGCUCAAGAGGAAAUUAAAGGUCAGUUUAACAGUAAAGUUAUACUGUUCACCUGUGUCCAAGGAGCUUUUGCUGAGCAAUCCCAAGUAUGGGUUCUGGGAAAAACAUAUUGUUGCCCUCGAACUGGAAAGUCCGACUCAGAUUUCAUUAGUUGACGAAACAUCUGGAGAGAAAGAAGAUAUUGUAGUGACACUGCUGCCAGCUGGCCAUUGUCCAGGGUCAGUCAUGUUCCUGAUAGAGGGCAACCAGGGAACCGUGUUGUACACGGGAGAUUUCAGACUCGCAAAAGGGGAGGCUUCUCGCAUGGAGUUCUUACACUCAGGUGGCAGGGUGAAGGACAUUCGGAGUGUUUACCUGGAUACGACUUUUUAUGCUCCCAAGUACUACCAGAUACCAAGCAGGGAAGCGUGUUUGAAUGGGAUUCGGGAGCUGGCGAGGAGCUGGAUCACCCAAAGCCCUUACCAUGUAGUUUGGCUGAACUGUAAGGCUGCGUAUGGCUAUGAAUAUCUCUUCACCAAUCUCAGCGAAGAGUUUAAUUCUCAGAUCCACGUGAACAACUUGGACAUGUUCAAGAAUAUGCCCGAUAUCCUUUGUCAUGUGACCACCAACAAAGCAACACAGAUCCAUGCGUGCAAGCAUCCCAAGGACGAGGAGUUCUUCAGAGCCAGCAGGCUGCCAUGUGGACCCAAAGCACCUGAUGGCACACCUCUUCAAAUCAUAAGCAUCAAACCAUCCACUAUAUGGUUUGGGGAGAGGUCCAGAAGAACAAAUGUUGUUGUGAAGACAGGUUCGAGUUCUUACAGAGCAUGUUUCUCCUUCCAUUCAUCUUACUCCGAGAUCAAAGAUUUCCUUUCGUAUAUAUGUCCUAUCAACAUAUAUCCUAAUGUUAUUCCAGUUGGUAAAACUGCAGAGGAAGUCAGAGAAAUAUUAACACCUAUGUGCCGUGAAUAUUGCGGAAGACCUGGCAUCGUCUAUAAACCCCUUGGGACUCUUAAGAGAGCAAAAGUUGAAUAUGCAGAGAGUGACUCUGCCAGUGACAGUGAGCUCUUUGACGAUGAAGAUCUCACUCCUCAGAGAAGGAAGCGUCCUGAGAGGAGGCAGUUUAAAACUCCGAAGGCCCCAAGUCCAGAAAGGGGGCUUGUCUCAAACUGCUCCCAGCAGGAGACUCAACUGGAGCUGCAGCCUGACCAUAUGAUGAACUAUGUGGACUGCACAGAAUCCAAUGAUGAUGACGAGGAGGAGGAGGAGAAGGAGGAAGAGGAAGAGUAUUCGGCUUUUCUGGAGGUCAAACGAGUGUCCGUCUCUGAGGGAAACGCUGCCAGCUGCCGCGUGGACCAGGGUGAAGCAAGCGAUGCCAGUGCCACACAUGGACCUCCAAGGUGGGACGCCUUCUUCAAAGCCGAACCUGUGCUGACAGAUGAGAGCUCAGAGGUGGAGAACAGCCAGAACAGCGUGGUGCAGUCGGCGGCAGCGUCGGGGGGGGCGCAGUCGCACACACCCAGUCUGUCCGAGGACUCGGACGACGACUCCACCCACAUCUCCUCCCAGUCAACCCACAUCUCGGACCCGAGUGCUGAAAGUGGGAGCCAGGGCCUGCUCUUGUCACUGUCCCAGUAGGGAACGGGGAGUAGAUCUGGUGUGUGUCCUCAGCAGAGGAGAGCAUUGAAUCAUGAAAGACUGGGACAUGGGGGACGUGGUUUGGCUUCAGUUACUGCAGUAUAUGGUGGAAACCUCAUUUUUCCGUUGUGCUUUGAUUGUAAUAAUUCAGAUUACUGGUUUUCAUAAACCUUUUUUCGGGUUCAGCAUGUAGCAUAGGGCUUCAGGACAAGGACUUAAAAGUUGUAGGUACCAACCAUACCUGUGGCUGCUGUAGUACUCUUGAUCAGGGUACUUAACUUAUACACUGCAAUAAUACCCUGCUGUAUAACAGGGUAAAUCAUUGGAAGUAGCUUAAGGUAAAAGCAUCAUGUAAGCACCCAAUAAUGAUAAGAAUAUACCUCAGGUGAAGGAAAUGAAAUGUCUGCAAAAACUGGCGGAUGAUCAUGUGUUUGUGAACUCAGGAGCUGCGGGAAAAAAACCAGGUCAUUUCAACCUGGACACUCACUUUAAUGUUCCAUUUCCUUUUUGACAACUGCUCACAUAAAAUCACUCAGGAACUGUAUGCAUUUUUAAACCUUCUGUGUAUACUUGUUUGUUCAAAUCAUUCUAUGGCUGCAUUGAGUAUUAUUAAUGCCAUUGGAUGUCAUCGGCUUUGCAUCAGCAUUUUUUUUCAUUUUAUAUAGGUUAUAAAAAUCCAAAGCCUUUAUACACUAUAUUCACUUUAACAUUUUCAUCAGUUGUCUUGUGUAAUUUUUUGCUUGUGUUACAAAUAAUUUUAAAAUCCACUAUUGUAACUUACAGCAUAAUUCAUUACCAUGGACAUAUGUUUUGGGUUAUUCUCCAGCACAUAUUUUUGAUCACUCUACUGUUAUCUGUCGCUUUGUGGUUUUGUGAAUUGCUGCUGUUAUUUCUGGUGUCACCUCCAUUAUCUCUUUCAACCGUUCUUUUGUAUUCAGGGGAGCUCCUACUGCAAACCUGCUGGUUACUGACCUCCCCGGCACAUUCUCUCUGUACUUCUCUCAUUGUAUUUCUCACUGUUCUUCUUUUGUGCAAAUACAUUAAAAAAGAUAAAUAUUUGUGACUAAUUGUUGUUUUGAAAAAUAAUGAAGGGCUUUUAUUGGAACCUUUACUGAUGAACAAUGUGAUACUCUAAACUAGACAAAAUAA